AACAGAUAUAAGACCGUCCGAAAGCUGAAGACUCUCAGCCCUCUGCAGUACACCUGAACCUGAACCUGAACCUGAACCAUCAUCAUCAUCUUCAUCAUCUUCAUCAUCAUGUAUCCAGAUCAGCUGGACUUCGCUCUGCUGUUGUCACUCUGUGUGUGUCUUUGUGCGGGAAUGGCAGUGAAGGAGGACCCGCCGGAGGUCGUAUGUGUUCCUGGCGGGGACUGUGUUCUCCAGUGCACUGCUGAAGCCAAGGACGGAGUGCAGUACAGAGCAGUGAGGUGGUACAAGGUCAGAGAUCCUCCGGCGCCUCGUCUCAGCGGCCUUCUGACCCGAGACCUCCCCAACGGCACGACGAGAUAUUACGCCGGCGUGGAGCGACAGGUGACGCUGAUGGCCGAGUCCCGCAGCAUCCUGCUGCCCAACGUGACCUGCGGCGACAGCGGCGUGUACAUGUGUCACCUGGCAGCACCUGUGGGAGAGCAGAACAGGGAGGGGCCGGUGCUCCUCGCUCUUAUAGAUUGUCCUGACAGUGCAACAGAUGAAGUGAUGAGAGACACUUACUUGGUCAUUUUCGCCACAGUAGUGCUGAUCCUGGCACUUGUAAUAUUCCUUAUAAGCUAUGCAAGUCUGAAGAAUCUCGUCAGAGAAAGACAACACAAGACACAAAAAGAGACUUUAUUGGACGCAUCGCUUAAGCCGCUUGAAAAGAAAGAUUUAAUGUUGAUCUACACUUUGGGUCCAAAAACGUCCACAAUGAAGCAUGUCUGUGUGUAAAGACAAACCAGUGCUGAACAAAGCAGCACAGAGAAAAGACUAAGAGAAGACACCAUCUCCACAGCAGCUGUCCACAACAUCCUUUUCUUUGUAACCUGGAGGAUCUCAGUUUCUAUCGCUUGUUCGCAGUUGGUUUUUCUUGUGUUUUAGCUCAUGUUUCAUGAAACUGUGGAUUUUGGGACAAAAACCGAUAAAAGAAAGACUGUCAUCUUCAGCUGUAUCCACGAACACUGAUGGAUAAUCCCUCAGAACCCAACUCAAAAGUCAUUAAUCAAUUGAGCACCCGUAACGACACUUUAAGUUUAUUGAUGCCCCCUUAAAACUUCAGCUGAGGACAAUGACCAACACUUAGAAAACCCUUCAGGACCUAGAAAACCGUGGACACAGAGAGAGAUCUUCCAUCCCGGACAGCUGGGACUGGACUGCAGCACAGCUGCUGGGUGGUAUCUCCAAACGGGGCAGCAGUGGCUCAGCAGAUGUGGGUCUAGAAGUCAAAGAAUUUUCCUGUCCACAUGUCGAAGUGUCUUUGGGCAAGAGACUGAACCCCACUUUGCUCCCGAUGCCAACCACCUUGCAUGGUCUGGUAUCGGUUUACAGAUACAGCACUGUAAAAACCAUUCACCAUUACAAAUGCAUGGCUGACAUGGAGCAAGAUCCUCAGAUUCACGUAUUCUUAGGACGAUGCUCCGUGUUCACACUAAAGUGAAAGAUAUUACAGUAGAUUUAGACUCAGGGACGAUCUCACAGACAGGGACUCAGGAUCAGAGGAAGGUGUGUUAAAGGUGUGACCAUAAGUAGCAAGUACAGGAUGAAUGUUUCACCUUAAAGCGACAAACAUCAGCAGCAGAAAAGAGCAGAAACUAUAAAUACAUCAGUCAGUUUUGAGACGGUGCCAAAUAUUGGUCGAUCGGAACAACAAUUGACUGUUUAGCUGCUCAUGAAGACCAUUGUAGCUCGUAAGUGGACCUUUAUUUAGGAUGAUCCCACUCCAAUGUCCAAAGAACUUUGAACACUCAGGAAUCCUAAAAUGUGAAAACAAGAUGUCAGCAUCAGUAACUUACAAACAGCCUCCAUAAGGUGCUGAUUUAUCAGACCAGCUUAAACUGUAACAGUAAUGUAUGAAUGUGUUGUUUCUUCUUGCAAAAGUGAGCCUCACUUUAAGGCACUUUCUUAUAUCAGUGCCUGUGCUUUAGCGGUGCCCAAAGAGUAAGCAAAGAAUGUGCUCACGUCACUUUUCUUUUAUCAUUUUGCCGAGAUCUCAGACUUGGAAAGGAUUUUUGAGUUCUAGGAAACGGAACGUGUAAAAAUGGGGACAGAGGAAGUAAGAAAACGUGACUUAUUCCAGUCGUGUUGUCAAAAUGAAAGGACUGGUCAGGUGAGGUCAGGUGUGACUGAUAAAGCAGGAUAAUUCUACAAGAGCUGAAAGCAUUAACUGUGUGUGACUCCAGUUUAUAGCCCUUUAAUGGUUCCAGAGUCUGAUGACUGUUUUAAAGUUCUCAAUCUUCUUUAUGUUUUAUAAUAAUGUGCUUACACUUUCAUGUCAGACACUCUUUCAUAUUCAUGUUUUUUCAUCUUCGAACUUUAGACAUUAUCUCUGAACAUCUGAUUUGUAGACGACUAAGAAAUUUGGUUGGGACCUUUAAGCUACAGUGAGAACUGAGAACCGAGUGAACUUCAGAAUGUAGAACUGAAAAACCAAAACAUUUACAGACGCCUCUGCGUUUUAUUUUGAUAGUGGGGAAAUCCCAAACUAUUUUGUCACUGCUGUCUGGGCUUUUUAAAAUAAUGAUACACUUCUCUUUUGAAAUUGCUGACGUAUAACAACCCUGCAACAUUUGGAGAUUUAAAAAAAUGCAGGAGAUAAUGUUUUAUAUCUGUGGUGGUUUGAUCUUUAUUUUUAUACAACAUUGAAUAAAAGAUGAAGAGAGGAGGUUUAAAGGUUGAAUAGAUGUUGUGGCUGAUGUGUCUUAUCUGGAGCUUGUGUGUAGUAAUGUGUGUUAUCUGUAGGUGUAAGUGCUGAAGUGAUGCAUCUUAGGAGACAGUUCACUGUUUUACAGCCUCAGUUGGUCCCUUGCCUAUUAAAUAAACCAGUGACAAGACUGUACAAACUAAUUCAACAAGUGUGAGCCCAUGUAUUUGUAGUGGUUAUCAUGGUACCAGCAAUAAAGUGUUAUAAAAAAGAA